UGAACCUCGGGCAAACUGCACUUAGUCUCGUUGCACAAGUGACCGUGAACGUAUGGACUACUGAUAUAUGUAGUAAGAAAAAUGAUCUCACGAAAAAGUGUUCCCCCAGAGCCGGUCACAAUUGACGACCUUCCGGAUGAGCUUCUGGACCACAUUUUCAGCUUCCUCAAACUCCCAGAUCGCAAAUCAGCCUCACUGGUUUGUCAUCGAUGGAACAACAAAUCGUUUCGUUGGAAAAAUGUCGUGGUGACGUCGCAGCUUGCAUCCGAAUACAGCUCACUGCUGGCGAGCGAGCGACCUUACAAACACCUUGAAAUACCGGCUCGCUGGCUUAGCCCGGAAAUGUCAGCUCGAUUUGCAAACAACUUAGAGAGUUUGGUUCUUUUUCGUCUGGAGGCUGAAAGUGUGAUGAACAGGAAUGCCCAUUUUUCAAUUUUUGAUGUUGAGGACACUGACAAUGCAUUUCCUAAGAUACGAGAGCUCACUCUCGAAUAUCUGACGUUUUUGGAUCACUCUCAUUUCGAUCGAUUCAUUCGUGUUUCAUUCCCAGCUUUGGAGAGUCUCUACGUUAAACACUGCUUGAUUGGUUCAAGAAGCAUAGAACUAAUGAGAUUCUCAAACUUUUCAAAUCUAGGGCACUUGAAAAUUAAAACUAAGUUCCCAUUAGAAUCCACCCUGCUUCAAGACGUCGAAAUGUUUCCAAAACUUCGUGCACUUGAUUUGACCUGUCUAGAGUUCCGCAUCCGCCAUCUUGGGCAACAUUUUCAACUUGACCACAUAACGUCAUUGGCCAUCGAGGCCCAGUUUGACGAAGAGUAUCUACUUGAAAUCGUGAAUCUAUUUCCGGCAUUAUUGUCACUGCGACUCAGGGGGUCAACUCAAUUUUCCGAGGAAAGCAUUGAAACGGCGAAGAAACGGCUGCCAAACUGUGUGUUCAAGUUUGAGUAUCACAUGAACCGUGUUCAAGAGUAUCGUAAUGAAUUUUCCGAAUUUUUUUGAAUCGAAAGAAGCAGUUGAUGCAAUUAAAAUUUUAUUCACCAACUUAAAAAUUUACUUUCAAGCUACACCAUUUUUUUUCAAACCCCCUGAAUCGCUACGUAUACUGUUUUCUAAGGAUUUCUUCUGACGCUUUUGAUAAAAUUUGUUGCAGAAGGCGUUUAAAAAAAAAUAAGAGAAAAAAAUUACAAAAUUACUCCUUAAAAGUUAGAUGUUCUGAAACACCCUAAUUGUCAACCACCCUAAUUUUCAACCAAGCCAAAUGGUUCACAUUAUUCACAAACUGAAAAAAAAUUACUUCCAAGCUUUCUGUUAAAAAAAACACCAGACAAUGUCAAAGUAGUUAUGUCACAGACAUAACCGGAAUGGCGAAGGACUAUGUAGAGUGGACAUAGGAAUUUAUAUCUUCAAGCCAAACAAACUAAAUGGGCCAAUGUGGAUUUGUUAUAAUCAAACAGAAAAAUAUCAUUAGUUUUUCUUUACAAUUUUGCCAUACAAAAUAAUCAACUGAAUGUUUUGAAACCUGUAUUUUGAAAAGAAAUUUUAUGAUCGAUUCGGUGUCUUCGGAAAUUCAAAAUUCAAGCAAAAUCGAAUUUGCAAUCGAAGAUGGCUUUACCAUCUUUUUAUAAACUGCAUUAGAGGUGGGCAAAACCGCUCUUUUUUAUGAGCCGCUCAUUUUCGUUUGCUCAUUAAAAAGAGCCGCUCUUUUGGACGGUUCUUUCGCUCUUUUUCAAAAUAUAGAUGAAAAUUAUAUUUUUUAAGAAUGGUGUGAUUUUUAAAGCAAUUUCACAUUGGAAUUAUAUAAAUUACAAGCCUAACCCGACAAACUUCGUGUUGACUUUUUUUGGUUUUUUGACAUUAAGCUUUUUUGCUAAUUCAGCCUCCUGUGAUCAAAAUGUGAGUUUACGUAAAUUUUACCAUACAAUCUGCAGUUGUUCUGGAAUCGGUCCCAGAAUGGCCAAAGUGGAAUUUUUUAGAAUAUAAACUUUCCUUGGGCUUACUCGAACCUAACGUAACAAAAAGCGCCUCGAUCCAACGUUCCGUGUUCAACUGAUUCGCGUUCGAACAAAACCGUCGAAAAUUUAUAUGUAUAUAGAAUAGAUAAAAAAAUAACUAAAUUCGAGAAGAUGCCCUUUGAAACCAUAGUUCUUGGCGAUCUCCAGUCAACAUUUCUACUUGAACCUAAACAUUUGAAUGAUUGAAUGGCAUCCAAACUUAAAUCUAGGACUUUGGAGAAAUUGCUAUUAAUUUUAAAAUAGCGGUUUUCUGCCAAAAUUGAACUAAUGCUGAUAUUUUAUUAAGAGAAAAUAUUCUGUUAACUCUUUUCUACAUUCUGAUUUGAUCAAUAAAGUCUAUAAACGCUGAAGUUUAUUCGGGCAAGAGGAUUUAUUUUUUCCUAAAUCUCUAAGCUAUUUAGUAGAUUUUUGGUAAUAAUUUACAAGUUAAGCAAUUUGAAAUUCAAAUUUGUAUUCGACUUAUACUUUAAUGUACAAUUAAAAGUUUCAUUUAAAUCAUUUACUUUAGGAAUUAAAAAAACAGUAGAAAACUGAAAAUAUAAGCUUAAAACUAUUAAGUGGUGUUCAACGAUUGGCAUCAAUGCUAUUGAGAGUAUUUCAAUGUAUAUUGAUGAGAUAGUUGCUAUAGACUCCCCAAUGAAAUAGGACGAUUUAGCUCUGAAAAUGUCGGGAAAUAGCCGUUAACAUGCCGUUUUUAUCCUAGAGUACUUGAAAAAGUACACUAAGGGACAAUGUUGGGAUUAUUUUUUAUUAGAAUUGAAAUAUUUGAAAUUGUAUUUUCAAUUCUCAAAAACAAAUUUAACACUACAAUUUGUUGGAAAUUCAAUAAAUUAUAUUUAUAACAAGUUUAAAAAUUAUUCCAUCUUGGAACGGUUCUUUCAAAAGACCGGAGUUUAAAAAAGAACCGCGGUUCUUUUUUUUGUGAGCCAUGGUUCGUUCGUUCUUUUUAAUGAACCGGUUCUUUGAGCGGCUCGCUCUUUUUUUGCCCACCUCUAAACUGCAUUGUUCACCAAUUAUAGUCCUUUUUAGGAUACAACUUUAGAAAAAUGUUCGUUUUUUGCAAUUUAAAAAUAUUUCAAGAAAAAAAACAUAUUAUUUUUUUUAACUGAGAAAAGUCUCUCAAUUUUCAUUUUUUAACUGUCUGGAUGGGACGACAGCUGGUGGUUGCGAUUCAGCCUAUUGAUGUUAAAAUUUAGUGAAAAAUUAGUUUUACUCAGUGUCUCCUAGCUCUCAUUUUUCCCCUUAUGAUAUAUCCGAAACUAUUGGCUCGAUUUUCAAUGUAAAAAAAAACAAACUUUAGUCAUAUUUUUGCUCUUUUCAAAAUUAUUAUUUUUAAAUCCGGUCUAGCAUUUCAGUGGGGAUAAAAAAAGUUUUUAUUUUUUCAAAUGUUUUUUAAAAUAUUCGAUUGUUUUAGGGAGCAAUCCUCAACGGAAUAAGCUUUUUUUUCAAAUUUUAAAUGUUGUAUUUUUUAAUCUGGCUGAAGCCUUCCGUAUGCCAUUGUAUGGGGAAAUAAAAAAAUCUUAAUCUUUUGAAGGAUUUUUUUGAUCGAUUGGUGUCUUGGGCAAAGUUUUAAAUAUUUAUGGGGCAACACAGGAAAAAUUUAUACACGGAAAAAAUAGCUGAUUUAUUUAACUACUUUUUGUGACUGAAAAUUGAAUUCCAAAAAAACAUUUUUUUAAUUUUAUUUCCCUGUUUUAGGGGACAUAUGCCUUCCUUCCGAAAAUUCCAGAAAAGGAUAAAUAUCUUUGAACUUGUUAUUUGUUUUUGAUUUUUGAAAAAAAUCUAAAUAAAUUCAACCUACAUUUUUAAUGGAGUUUUCUUUUAUUGAAAGUCGAAUUUUCAAUCAAAAAGUGCUUGAGUGAAAUUUUGAUGAAGUUUACCGUUCUAAAGUUAAAGCCAUUUCAAAGUAAGUUUGCUUUAAAGUCGCAGUUUAAUUUUUUUUUCAAAAGUAAAAGUAGCCAUUUUUCUUAUUUUUGAAAAAAAAUAUUUUCGAAAAGCCGAGAAAAUUCCCUACACUUUGUUUUUUUGAACUUUGUUGUUACAGCCUUUAACUUACAACGGUGCAAACAAAAAAAAAAAAGGGUGGUCAUUUUCGAUUGCAAAUUUGUUUUUACAUCUAAAAAAAUCUUUAAAAAGAUAUAUAAAAUUUUGUACGACCAUUUUUCUAAAAUCAAAUUUAUUAAAAAAUGAUGACACCAAUUUGAACUGAAGCUUUUUUGGUCCCUUAAUAAAACAUAUAAAAAAUCUUGAAUAAAAAUUGAACAAUCGCUGUAAUUCUGAAAAAGAUUUAUGAUUCGCUCAACCAGCAGUUAGCAAGCCAGCUUUCAUAAAAUUUUCGCUGAAAAAAAGAUAAAUAGUAAAAAUCAAGGGUUUUCGGUUCAAAGAUCAGAAAUCACUCACUCAUCGCCGAACGAAUCUUUGCCGACUGAAGCGCGCAACCAUUCGUGAGCGAACACGACUCGCUAGCAGCCAGCGACUUGGCCAAUCGCUUCACACAGCGAUACAAAUAGGUACUUCGUGAUUUUUUUUUAACCUGCUCCGUCCGUCGAUCUGAGUCACACACGAAUAUGCUCAGAGAGGAGAGAAAAAUAUCAGAGUGGCGCUCUUUUGGCCUGCACCACACAGCUAAAAAAGUAGUAAUCCAGCUGCGUGUAAAAGGCCUGGGUGUAAAAUAAAUAUUGCAUUAUUUUAUACAAUUUUAUGUGAUUUUACACUCUGAAAUAUGUAGUCCAUCAGUAUGGGAAACCUACUUGACCGAAAUGUCAAGCUCAUAUAUGCGUUUAUCCAUGCAGCUUUUCAUCGGUCUGUUGGCCGAGCGGGCUAAGGCGCCAGUCCUUACUGUUGGUGCUGGGUUUGAAUCUCGUCGGUUGCAACUUUUUUUUUGUGUUUGCAAAAAAUGUACAUGCAGUGUGUAAUAUUAAGUGUUUAUUUUGACGAAGGUGAUGUGCAUGCUUUUGCAUGCGAUUUUACCAUCGGAAUUUUUGCUGUGCAGCACAGUUUGCCGUCAAUUUGAAUUUUGCAAAUUACUGUCAAAUGUGCGUUUGAUGUUGUGUACAGUACAAAAUUGUUAAGUUUAUUUUAAUUUUAAACAGUUUAAUCAAUGGUCAAAACAAAGCCGAUUGCAGAUUUUUUGCGUCAGCUUUGAGCGACACAGCGCAAUCGGUCUCUCCGAGCCAUUCGCUGUACUCCCGAUUGGAGUGAGAGGGAGAGCAAAAGAGAGAGAGAGAGUUUUCAGUAGCGAUUGGUGUGGAAGUGACAAACGGUAGGAAACCAUCAGAGCAGUCGCGGACAAUUUGUAUUCGCGAGUGAAUGAGUCUUUUUGGAGCAAUCAGGACCAUUGGUAAAAAUCGACGAAUUUCUCCAAAUAAAAAUGAAAAAAAAAGAAGUAACGUUUUUUUUCCGCUUGAUUGUUUUCUGCCGUCAAGAUAAGUGCAAACUCCAAAAAUAAAUUGAGUUUGAGCUUGAGAGACUACCCAUGGUUAUUUAUAUUGUAUUUAAUAACCAUAUCCAAACAUUCCUUAUUCGUUCAAACCAAGUGUCACACCAGCCAAAACAGAGUAGGCCAUCCGUGUGCGUGUACCAUUCAAGAAACGCAGUUCGUAACUUUCCGGCGCGGUCGUUGCAUCGCAACGCGGUCUUGUUUUUUUUCCACGGCCUGCUGCUGCGUGCGUACGCGUUUGCGCACUGUUUUUUCCCGGGGAAAACGUGAAACCUCCGAAAACGGGACGAAAAUCCAGCUUCGCCAAAAAUCGAAUAAAAUAUUAUUGAUGGGCCGCGGACGCGGCUUCGCGAAAUCAAUUUUCGACCCACACCACCCGCCUGCCCCUAUUUUGGUCCUAUAUUUUAAACGGGGGAGAAUAUUAUUUGAGUUUCGUGCGAACCCUUGGAGGGCGAGAACGGGAAAGGAUCCGCAUGGGACCGCGAGAGGGGAGGGGAAAAUCGGGAGACCAGGUGACGAUACGCGCGAUUCCGCGUUUUCCCAAUAAAAAUUAAACACUGUCGAUAGAUUUCGGCGCGGUUCGGUCAUGGUGCCCUGGUAAAAUUUCGAUUGUAAGACGAUUCCGAGGCCUUCUUGGACCGUCUUAAGGAACGGGGUCGGCUUCUUAAGGAGGCUCGGUUGCAACUGUUGUGCACUAGGACACUCGCAAUGCUACGGGGAAGGAGAAUUGAAUGCUCUUUUUUUGGUCUGUUAACCGAAAUUGAUAAGAAACUGAAGGAGUUGCCGCCGACGACGACGGGGAGUUGAACGACUGUAUUGGUGAGAGCUGUCACUCUGACAGUUCUGCGAUCCUGGCCCAAUUUCAAACUUCUUCACACACAUUUUCGAUAUCGUGUCACACAGGACCAGUUGGUGAGGAGUACCCUUUUUUGGAAUAAAAGGGUCGUUCACGAAUUCUCCCUGCUUUAUUAAAUGAAUUUCAACGGUGGACGACCCUAUCGACAAAGGACGAAAUUGAAGUGUGUGUGUUUUCGUGCGUGUGCGCAGGACACGAAAGUUGCAUUUUUGUAAAACGGUAAGCCACGUGGCCCUACUGCUGGGCAUGGCCUCCUGGUAGGGUUAUCAUUUGUAUACAAAAAUUCAGUUUAAAGUUGGUUCCCCCUUGGGACUGUUAUAGCAGUGGUGAGUGUGUUAUCGGUAUGGGUGUAUAAAUAAGAAGAAAGAAUAAAUAUAUUUUUGUUUUUCUUUUGUUAAAUGCACCAUUUUUGUAGCAAUAAUUAUUUUUAGUAUUAUUGUUUUUUUUUUAUAUUAAUUAAUAAACUUAUUUGCAAAGAUUUUAUCAAUAGUUUGUUUUAAAUAUUUUUAAAAGUUUUUAUGUAAAAUAUUAAUAAAUAUAUAUAUUGGACUGAACUGAAAAAAAGUUAGUAAUUUAAUAUUAUAACUGUAGGUUAAUCUUCGCUUUUUUGUUGCUUGUCACGCAAAUUUCCACAUAUUUUUCUGUGUUGCGUGGAGAGAAUCUUCAGUUUACAGGCUCUUAUAUUAUUUUUUCUGCACAUUAAAAUUUUUAGUUUCUGAAAUUCUGAAAUUUGAAAAUCUCAAGAUCUUCAACAAAUUUUGAUUUUCAGAUUUUUUGAUUUAAGAUUUUUAGGAAUUUGGAACCUUAUAUUUUUUUAUUUGAAUGUCUAUAGAAUUUAAUAAUUUUCGAUUUUUAAUAUUUUUAUAAUCCAUGUUUUUUAUUUAUAUUUUCAUCA